AUGUCGUCAAACAUCAAGGGCUCGCACUAUACACUCGCAAAUAAUGAUGACAACUCGCCGCACGGGAGACCUGGGCAAGAUGGUCACAGUCAUUGGCAAAGGUCUACAGCAAGUGACAGUAAUAUCCCUAUGGAAUUCAUGCAGCCAACGUGGGAUCCGUCGACCGGAUCGUUUGCAGGAUUCAGCCGCGAUUUUGACCAGGCGUUGUUCCCAUGA